AUGUCAUCAUGGAGGAUGGGGCCUGACGAUGCAAGGCCGCAGACUCUGGCUGUAGAGGGUGCCCCGGGCACGCUGGACACCCCCGAGAGCCCUCAGAAAGGUCUCCACCAGGAGAGACUGGGAUUUCUGGGAGGAAGCAUGAUCUCUCUGGCAGAAACCUGCUACGCCACAGUCCUGAUAGCCCUAUUCAUUAUAGGGGCUAUUGGAAAUGGCUUUCUAGUGGUCGUGAAUAGUAAUAAGCUGAUCAGAGACAAGAGGCUGAUUGGCAUCGAGCUCCUCCUCCUGUGCCUUGGGAUGUCACGGCUCGGCCUGCAGAUUUUGUUAACGUUUCAGGGUCUCAUCAGUGUCUUCUUUGGCAAAAUUUACCUGCAGAAUGUCUAUGGACCCCUGUUCCUCUUUAUCUGGAUGUUUCUAAACUCCUCUAGCCUCUGGUUUGCCACCUGCCUUGGCAUUUUCUAUUGCCUUAAAAUCUCUGACUUCACACAUCCCUCCUUUUUGUGGCUGAAGUUCAGGGUCUUCAAACUAAUGCCCUGGAUGCUCCUGGGAAGCCUGCUGGCUUCUGUGGUCAUUGCUGUGCUCUGUGCCUGCAUGUUGGACUACUCUACGGUCUCCAACACAGACUGGCCCAAGAAUGUCUCUCAGGCUGGCGCUCAUUCUGAAAGCGUCAUCAUCAACGAUGUGCUCCUUGUCAACUUCGUAUUAGUGUUCCCCCUCGGUCUGUUCGUAAUGUGUACGGCGAUGUUAUUUGUCUCUCUUUACAGCCACACACACCGGAUGCAAACCCGGUCCCUGGACUUGGGGAAUCCAAACACCGAAGCCCACAUCAACGCCUUGAGGACUGUGAUCACUUUUUUUUGCUUCUUCAUCUCCUACUUUGCAGCCCUGAUGGUGAACCUGACGUUCACGGUGCCCUUCAAAAGCCACUGGUUCUUCUUCCUAAAAUCUGUGAUGGCAGCCUACCCCUCCGGCCAUUCGGUGAUCAUCAUCCUGGGCAAUUCCCAGUAUCGGCAAUCAUUCGGGAGGAUCCUGAACCUUCUUCCUUCUUUCCCCCUUCUCCACUCUACCUCUCUUUUCUCCUCUUCUCCCCCUAGUCCAAGCCAUUUAUUUACCACCAAAGGAGACAGAGGAGAGCCCAGGGGGAGAGGACACUUCUGA